AUGCAAGCAACCAAAAUGCGCACACCCUUCGCCAUUCAAGAAAUUCUGGGCCUGGGCGCACUAGCCACUACAGCAGCCACACCAACCACCACCUCAGAGGCGCCGCUUUCACCAGCAGCGACGCCACCGCCCCGCACCGCCAACACGCCAGCGAGUGCCACCGCCAGCUCCGGUCAGCCACAGCAGCAUUCAUCCUCAUGUGGACCACCGCCGAUCAGUGGACGUUCUCAGCGUGACUCACGCGACUCACGCUCCAUAUCGCCGGAUGUGACGCGCUUAUCGGCCGCCGCUGCUGCCGCAGCCGCCGCCGCCGCCGCCCACUGCCAACUACCCGUCUUCAAUCCAGCCAAUUUCUAUGCAGCCGCCGGCUAUGCGGCCGCAGCAGAUCCGAGCAAUGCGGCUGCCGCCCAUCACCAUCACAUGACAACCCUGGCAGCUGCCGCUUACCUGCGUGGCUUCCUGCCGCCAGGCUUCAGCACGCCCCACGAGUUUCGGGGACAUUUUCAGCAGCACUUUGGAGCCCAGUUUGCAGAACAAGCGGCCGCACGUGGUCAGGACUAUGCCAGCAGCUUAAACAACGCCAGUGGUGAUGAGCAAUCGCCUAGCAAAGCAUCGAACAUCGCCUCUGGUGGCACCGCUGCCAGUAGCAGCAACAACAACAACAACAGCAGCAUCAACGGUGGCAACAACAACAACAGCAGCGGCAGCGCCUCAACAACGGGCAACAAUGGCGGCUCCAGCACGAACAACAACAGCUCGGGAGCCAGCAGCGGCUGUCGGUCGCCCAUUGCUCACGCCCAUCAUGCCUCAGCAGCGGCGAUGGCAGCCCAUCAGCAUGCAGCAGCAGCCGCCGCUGCAGCCCAUCAUCAUGCAGCAGCCGCUGCAGCCGCCCAUCAUGCUCAUGCUGCCCACCAUGCGGCUCACCACGCCCAUCACGCCCAUGCGCAUCAUGCCGAGGCCUUUCUGGGUGCGGCCGGCGCAGCCGCUGCCGCGGCAGCCGCCAAUCCCAAUGGCCUGUUGGGUCCGCACGGUGGCGAUGUGCUCGUGGGGCCGGGUGGUGCGGGGCCCGGUGGUGUGGGUGGCAAAAAGAAGAACAAGCGAAGACACGGACGCACCAUCUUCACCAGCAGCCAGCUGGAGGAGCUCGAGAAGGCCUUCAAGGAGGCCCACUAUCCGGACGUGAGCGCACGCGAACUCCUCUCCAUGAAGACAGGACUGGCCGAGGAUCGCAUACAGGUGUGGUACCAGAACCGGCGAGCCAAGUGGCGCAAGACGGAAAAGUGCUGGGGACAUAGCACUAAAAUGGCCGAGUAUGGGCUUUACGGGGCCAUGGUGCGCCAUUCGCUGCCCCUGCCCGAGACGAUCAUCAAGUCGGCCAAGGAGGACGAGUCUGUGGCCCCCUGGCUGCUGGGCAUGCACAAGAAGUCGCUCGAGGCCGCCGAGCUGCUGAAGUCGGACGAGAGCGACCGCGAGACCCCGACCUCGGAUGACACCAACACCUCCUAUUCAGCGGGCAGCACGCACAACUCCCCCAUCUCCUCAUUUUCCAUCUCGCGUCUGCUCUUCGACGCGCCUCCGCCGGCCAAUGCGAAGCAGAGCAAGCACGCCGCUGCCGCCGCCCACAUACCAUACAACCAGCAGCAGCACUUGCACCACCUCCAGCAGCUGCAGCAACAACAACAACAGCAACAGCAGCUGGCGGAGCAGCAGGCUGCGGCAGAACGUCGUCAGCAGCAAGCGGCCGCUGCCGCCGCCGCCGCUGCCCAUGCGCAGCAUGCGGUUCACAUGCACCACCACAGCAGCGCAGCGGGCUAUGUGGAGGCUGCCGAGGAUCUGCAGCGUCGUGCUGCAGCCGCCUCAGUGGCAGCGGCAGCUGCAGCCGCCGUCGCAGCCGCUGCCAAUGCGCGCAACGCUGCCGCUGCGGCAGCUGUGGCGGAGAGCGAGCCCGACACGGAGGACCAUGACGAGGAGCACAUGGACGAGGACGACGAGCUGGACAAGGAUGAUGGAGAGAUUGAUAUCUGCGAUGACCACGAUGAGACGGAUGCCCAUGAACAGCUACUCCUAAAGGUCAAGCAGGAGCAGGCAGCGGCGUCGGCAGCGGCAGCGGACUGCGCCAGCAGAUGAAACAUGUACAUCGAUGUGUUGUUCUAAGCUGUGCAAAUCACUCAAACACACACACACACACUCAUAUUUAUGCAUACACAUGUGUAAAAAGAGAGCAAACAACGAAGCUCCCACUUCCACUCCCGCUCCCGCUCUCAAUAAUUCGCCCUCCCUCUCCCUCUCCCUCUCCCACUCACAAACACCUACUUCGAUAUCGAUAAUGGAGAAGCAGGAGAAGCAACCAAAACCAACUCACCUGCCACCAGCCCUACUCACUGCAGCCCUUCAACCGCGAACGAGGCGAUCGUCACGGGGAAGAGGAGAAACUCACCACAGCUACGCAGCCGCUGCGCAACAGCUGAGCAGCCGCGACAUUGGCUGUUUUUGCAAUUU